CAGUCUCCAGAGCCACCUCCCUAGGCAACCAUCUUGACAACAAAACGCAAAGCUUACGUGGGGCAGAGCUGGCAGGACCAGGUAACAGACUUAGGCCAGCUACCCUGAGCUGGCCCAGCAUGGCCACUGUGGAGGCCACCAUGGAGAAGCUGCGGGCACAGUGUCUGGCCCGAGGACCUUCAGGCAUUCAGGGCCUGGCCAGGUUCUUCCGUCAUCUGGACCAGGAUGGGAGCAGCUCCCUAGAUGCGGCGGAGCUGCAACGAGGCCUAGCUGAGCUAGGGCUGGCACUGGAGCCAGUGGAGGCAGAGGCUGUAUGCAGGCUCUGGGACCGUGAUGGCAGUGGGACACUGGACCUGGAGGAGUUUUUACGGGCAUUGCGGCCCCCCAUGUCUCAGGCCCGGCAGGCCAUCAUUGCAGCUGCCUUUGCCAAGCUGGACCGCAGUGGAGAUGGUGUGGUGACUGUGGAUGACCUCCGUGGAGUGUACAGUGGCCGCAGCCACCCCAAGGUGCGCAGCGGGGAGUGGACAGAGGAGGAAGUGCUACGCCGCUUCCUCGACAACUUUGAUGCCCAUGACAAGGACGGGCAGGUCACCCUGGCAGAAUUCCAGGACUACUACUGUGGGCUCAGCGCCUCCGUGGACACAGAUGAAGAGUUCGUGGCCAUGGUGACCAGAGCCUGGCAACUCUGAGCAGCAUCCCCAGGAGCCCCCCAGCCCACUCACCUGGCUGGGUGGCACCAGGCGAAGCCCAGAGGGAACACUGUGUGGAGCUGGGCAGUGGGCAGCAGGGCUGAAGAACCAGCUGGGUGGGUCUGCGGCUGAGCCACCAGCAAAUGUGGGACAGGCUCAGGGACCCAGGGACAGUAAACUGCCCUCCUUUCCCAGCUACCUCUUCCUCAGGAGGUCAGGUGGGUGGGCACGUCUGGGCAGAGGAGAUCCACUGGGACACCUGGCCAGGUGCGGUGCUCAUGGGGGUAUGCCCUAGCCCUGGAGGUGUAGAUGGCCCUGGGCAGUCUUGGUUUCCUCAGGCCCCUGGGGCAUGCAGGAGGCCAGGGUUUUAGUUAAAAGUUUUAAUGUAGUUCCCAAAUACAUUUCAUAUGACAAUCUUACAUAAAUGUUCCAAAACAC